CCCAGAGGAAGCCGAUUCUCUUCAUGCCCCCUUCCCUUACUGUAAGACUCAUCAAAAAAGGCACCCCAACCUUGCAUGGAUCUGCUGUUGGUAUUCCUGGGGGUGAAGCCAGAAGUCAGGCUUUCCACAGAGAGACGGGACUACAUGCCCACCUGGGAAGGCUGGGGAGUCAAAGGACUUGAGGAGUGACUACUUCCCUCCGCAAGGGCAUGCCCUGCCCUGCUCUGCUUCCUGGAGGCUUCAGCAAGCCUUCCUUCUUCUAGAGCUCCUAGAACCCUCCCAUGGUCAACACAACAGCAGCCCAGACAAUGAGAUGCCAGAGGCCUGGGCUUAUAGGCCAGUCAGGUCUUCUAGAUGCCUUCUUGAGCCUGCUUGUGGCCACCCACAGACACCUGUAAGGAGGAAAGAAGUCAGCCUGGCAGAGAGACUCUGAAAUGAGGGAUUAGAGGUGUCCAAGGAGCAAGAGCUUCAGCCUGAAGACAAGGGAGCAGUCCCUGAAGACGCUUCUACUGAGAGAUCUGCCAUGGCCUCUCUUGGCCUCCAACUUGUGGGCUAUAUCCUAGGCCUUCUGGGGCUUUUGGGAACACUGGUUGCCAUGCUGCUUCCCAGCUGGAAAACAAGUUCUUACGUUGGUGCCAGCAUUGUGACAGCAGUCGGCUUCUCCAAGGGCCUCUGGAUGGAGUGUGCCACACACAGCACAGGCAUCACCCAGUGUGACAUCUAUAGCACCCUUCUGGGCCUGCCCGCUGACAUCCAGGCUGCCCAGGCCAUGAUGGUGACAUCCAGUGCAAUCUCCUCCCUGGCCUGCAUUAUCUCUGUGGUGGGCAUGAGAUGUACAGUUUUCUGCCAGGGAUCCCGAGCCAAAGACAGAGUGGCGGUAGCAGGUGGAGUGUUUUUCAUCCUUGGAGGCCUCCUGGGCUUCAUUCCUGUUGCCUGGAAUCUUCAUGGGAUCCUGCGGGACUUCUACUCACCACUGGUGCCUGACAGCAUGAAAUUUGAGAUUGGAGAGGCUCUUUACUUGGGCAUUAUUUCUUCCCUGUUCUCCCUGAUAGCUGGAAUCAUCCUCUGCUUUUCCUGCUCAUCCCAGAGAAAUCACUCCAACUACUACGAUGCCUACCAAGCCCAACCUCUUGCCACAAGGAGCUCUCCAAGGCCUGGUCAACUUCCCAAAGUCAAGAGUGAGUUCAAUUCCUACAGCCUGACAGGGUAUGUGUGAAGAACCAGGGGCCAGAGCUGGGGGGUGGCUGGGUCUGUGAAAAACAGUGGACAGCACCCCAAGGGCCACAGGUGAGGGACAUUACCACUGGAUCAUGUCAGAAGGUGCUGCUGAGGAUAGACUGACUUUGGCCAUUGGAUUGAGCAAAGGCAGAAAUGGGGGCUAGUGUUAACAGCAUGCAGGUUGAAUUGCCAAGGAUGCUUGCCAUGCCAGCCUUUCUGUUUUCUUCACCUUGCCACUCCCCUGCCCUGAGUUCCCAACCCUCAACUUGAAACCCUAUCCCCUUACCUUAAGCCAGGCCUCAGAGGAUCCCUUUGCCUUCUGGUUUACCUGGGACUCCAUCCCCAAACCCACUAAUCACAUCCCACUGACUGACCCUCUGUGAUCAAAGACCCUCUCUCUGGCUGAGGUUGGCUCUUAGCUCAUUGCUGGGGAUGGGAAGGAGAGGCAGUGGCUUUUGUGGGCAUUGCUCUAACCUACUUCUCAAGCCUCCCUCCAAAGAAACUGAUUGGUCCUGGAACCUCCAUCCCACUCUCGUUAUGACUCCACAGUGUCCAGACUAAUUUGUGCAUGAACUGAAAUAAAACCAUCCUACGGUAUCCAGGGAACAGAAAGCAGGAUGCAGGAUGCAGGAUGGGAGGACAGGAAGGCAGCCUGGGACAUUUAAAAAA